CGCCCCCUCCCAUGGUAUAUUUUCCUGACGGAGGUGACGGAGCCUGCGAGGACUUCAACGGCGGAGGGUUCAACACGUACAGCUUCCUCUCCUUCUUGUUCUCUGUGGUGAACCUCGUCGCUAUGGUAGCCAACAACGUCAACAAUAACCUCAACAAUAAUAACAACAAUAAUAACAACAACAACAACAACCUGGGCAACAUCAACGUAGCCAACAGCAACGCCGGGCAAGAGAAUUCGAACACAGUGUCCAUCCCGCCCGCCAUGGGGCGAGGGAAGCGAGACCUCGAGGAGGCUAUCAUGAAUGAAUAUAGGGAGAAUCGGCGAUUAAAAGACGAAGAACAAGUGACAUCUCUUGUCGCUAUGGACUUCAUACGAGGUCUUCGGACGGCGAUGAUGACCUCUGACCUCGCCUGCGCCCUCAGGAACAUGUGUGAAAUCAACAGGCUGGCGGUGACCCGUGGACACCUGGCGGACGUUUUAGCGGAAGUGUUCAGCGCCGCCCUCGUCGACUCCUACCCCCGCCCACAAGCCGCGCGCGAGACCGCCCUCCUCUCAGCCGGCGCGGGAGGGAGGCGGGGCUCAAACUGUAGCUCCACCCACCCGGCCUGUUCCGACGAGAAGUGGGCGGAGCUAGACGGCCUCUUCGACGUGGUGGACUUCGACUUCGAGCUCCCGACGAAGGCGCUGCAGGAGGAGCUGGGUCUCCCGGAUCUGGCGUCGGUGCUGGACGUCGCUUCCUUUGCCUCGGGGGACGUGGAGGGCGGCGCCGAUGGCCUCCUCGACCCCCGCCACGACCUUGCGAGGGGGGAGCUGUGAUGAGGAGGAAAAUAUUUUAGAUUUGAUGAUGAAAGUAUAAAAUCGUGAUUAUAAUUACAAGAUAAUGUGGUUAGAGAAAUGAAUUGUAUAUUUUUUGAAAUUAUAAAUUAUAUGUUUAUAGAACUUCUAAACUGCAUGAUUAUGAAAAUUAUGUAAAUCAUAUAACUAUAAAAAUAUAUAGAAAAG